AUGCGAGUCAGGCUGCAGCAGACAGAGCAGAGGGAAUCUAAGGAGCCGAAGCCGCUGGUGGGCAAGCGAGCAGAGCUGGUGGAUGACUUCAUCCGCAACUACCUGCUCAAGAUGAAGAUGACCAAGACCCUCGAUUGCUUUCAGACCGAGUGGUACGAGAAGACAACGGCAGGCGAGUUGACGCCUGAGGACGUCAGCAUAGUGGCAGACGUCUACCAGAGGAACCAGGAGCUUGACAACCAGGUCAAGGCGCUAAGAGCUGAGCUGGACAAGGCGAAGGAAAUCGCGCACAAGGCGAGGAGUACAUGGGACAAGUUCAGGAAGGAGAGGGACUUCCACCGCAUGAACCACCGGCGAGUCGUGCAGGAGAAGUCGAAGCUCGUCAACGACCUGCGGCGGCUCAGGGCCCACUUGGCGACCUACGAGCCAACGCUCAAGGGGCUGGAGGAGAAGUAUCAGAUUGCCAUGAAGGAGAAAGCCAUGGCUAAACUGCAGUCUGAUAGGCUGCAGACUCGUGUAGAUACCCUGGAGAGUCAAGUGAGGCAGACGCAAAUGACCUCGGUCAAGGGAACUCUAGAGCAGUCUUCGUCGCUUCCUCCACAAGAGAAGUCGAAGAGCACAACUCAAGUCAGGGAGGCGACAGUGAUCAACAAGAAGACGACCCAACCAGCCUUCUCCACAGACACCUCCCUCCUUGCGUUUCAAGACCGUGAGAACCCGUACCUUAACCUCUCCUUCGACCCCCAGAGAGCCGACAAGUACGAGCUGCGCAAGACGUACAAGGCGCACAUUGCUCCGAUCUCAGCUGUCGCCCUCCAUCCGAAGAAGAACAUCAUAGCAACGGCCUCUGACGAUCACACCUGGAAGAUGUGGUCAGUGCCGGGCGGAGAGCUUGUGCUUACUGGAGAAGGGCACAAGUCCUGGGUCUCCGACAUCGACUUCCAUCCCAAGGCUGCACAGCUGGCAACCUCGUCGGGGGAUGGAACGGUGAAGCUGUGGGACUUCUCCAAGAGCAAGUGCCUGUCCACCUUCACUGAACACUCGCAGGCUGUGUGGGGAUGCGCCUACCACGACAGCGGGGACUUCCUAGCCUCCUGCAGCAUGGACCACACGGCGAAGCUGUGGGACAUCAGGAAGGGCAAGUGCAGGCUGACGCUGCGAGGGCAUGUGGACAGCAUCAACGCAAUCAUCUUCCAGCCUUUCUCCAACAACAUCUGCACCUGCUCAGGGGACAAGACGGUCUCCCUGUGGGACGCGAGGACGGGGCUGUGCAUCCAGACCUUCUACGGUCACCUCAACUCCUGCAACCACGUUGCGUUCAACCUCCGAGGCGACACGAUCGCCUCCUCCGAUGCCGAUGGCGGUGUGCGCCUCUGGGACGUUCGUAUGGUGCAAGAGAGGCUCCAGGUCAAUGCCGGUCCGAGCGCAGCCAACAAGAUCGCGAUCGACAGGAGCGGGACGAUCAUGGCGGUCACUUCGGACGAUCAUUCCAUCAAGAUCUACUCGACUGAGGACGGCUCGUUCCUGUCGACCCUCGAUGGACAUGAGGAGGCGGUCCAGGCGGUCUUGUUCGAGCCCAACGGACAGAUGCUGAUUACGGCGGGAUCAGACAACACGCUCAGGAUAUGGAGCUGA